UGCGAGUCUCAGGGCGGUUCUGGAAAGCUAUCCAUAUCUAACGCGCGGCAAAAUCCAUGUCCAAUUCUGGGUCGCUGAACUCCCUCUAACCAGCGAAAGCUUUAAACUUUUGGAUAUCGAGCGAUACAAAUCUGUGUAUCAGUUGUGAUAGUCGAUAUGGCGUUGAAUAUGGAAGCCGAAAACAGGACAUUCCCCGACCUGCAUAUUGUUGAGCCCCAAGCUCCACACACGCAUACUGCUAUCUUCCUGCACGGCCGGGGGAGUAAUGGACCGGAGUUCACUGAAGACCUUUUCUCCUCUAAAACAUCUGGAGGGCAGGAUCUUCCAUCCCUGUUUCCUAGCUGGCGAUGGGUCUUUCCAUCCUCCGGUAGUCGCUGGAACGCUACCUUUAUGGAACAUCAAUCCGCAUGGUUUGACAUAGCUUCAUUGGCUGAUACCAAUAGGCGACAGGAUCUUCAAAUACAAGGCUUGAAAGAAUCUAGCCAAUAUGUCCUAGGCGUUAUUGAGCGGGAAAUCGAGUUGUUAGGCGGCAGGUCGGACAAUAUUAUCUUUGGUGGGUUGAGCCAGGGAAUGGCUACCGCAUUGUGGACGCUACUUUGUUCCCCCGGGCGCGUCAAGGGAAGGAUUGGCGCAUUCGUAGGAUGUUGCGGGUGGAUACCUUUCACUCUGCAUAUCGACCAGGCAAUUCAGCUUUAUCGAUCGAAGUAUGCCUCUGAGCUCGGCACAUCCAUGUGCCUAAUAAUGCCUGCCUUUCUCCUUGGAACAACGGGGUGCCCUCCAUUCGACUCAAAGCCCGAGGAGGUAAAGGCUGUGCUGUCUACGCCUGUACUAUUGCUUCACGGGACCGACGAUGCUGUUGUGGAUAUUUCUCUGGGACAACAGGCGUGUCAGCUUUUAAAGGAGAUGGGGAUGGAUGUGAAAUUUUACGAAUAUUCCGGGGCUGAAAAUGAAGGACACUGGAUUAAAGAGCCUGAUGGCUUUGACCAAAUUGCUGCUUUUUUGGAAAGUAAGACAAGCUAAAAGUAAAGACCAUGUCGAGCGAUAUUCCGUGCUCGUCUAAAGAGCGGGGGGUUGGACAAACGAUUGCUCAAACUGCAUGGCUCUUCGAAAAGGACAGCUAUCAAAUCAGGCUUCUUUAUCUACAGACAUACCGCUAAGUGAUGGUUUCAGUGUCUGGUUGCGAGACA